GAUCUUAUGAUAUCAUUGGUUAUGUUUAUAUUUUGCAACCUUUUGAAAACAAAUUAUUUCAUAUCAAUUGAUAUCAAUCAGAAUAAAAUUUUUGAAAUAAUUCUAAACCUUAUCUAAAUUUAGAAGAUUUCCGAAUUAACUAAUUCUCCGUCAAUCAAAAUGGUACUCAAUGAAAAUGAAGGGGAAUUAAGUAACAUUGUGAACGAGGAAAAACGUAUAUGUGCAAUAUGUGGAUCAACAUCUACUACAUCUUGUGAUUGUACUAAUGUUACUAGUCAUAUUUUAAAUAGAACAACAGCAACCAAGGCGCAAUUAUCAUUACCAGAUGGUUUUAUGGUCUAUCAUUUGGCUGAUGGAACAUACAGGGUAAUAACUAAUAAGUUCAUAAAAAAAGGAACAUGUCUAGGCCCUCUAGAAGCUGCGAAAAGUAUUACAUUGAAUCCAGCUAUUCACUUUCCUUUGAAAAUUUUUCCUGCUGGUGAAGAUGAUUUCUUGGAAUAUUAUCUAGAUACAUUGAAUGAGGAAACCUCUACUUGGAUGAUGUUCAUUCCACCAGCCGAAAAUUAUGAAGAACAGAAUUUGAUGUGCUAUCAGGAAGGGCAGUGUAUUUAUUAUUUAACCGUAAAAGAUAUAAUUGAGAAUGAAGCACUAAAAGUUUGGUAUUCCCCUUAUUAUGCAUCGAAAAUGGGUAAAAAGUUAUUAGAAGAAAAUGUAGUUGAAAAUAAGCCACCAGAUGCUGCAGCUUUAAAUGAAUUAGUGAAAUCACAACAAAAUAUUCCUGACUUAGACAGUUGGACUUGUAAAUUCUGUAAUAUAAAUAUUAAUAUGGUUACAAAAUUUGCUGGUCAUUUGAUCAAAGAAUAUUACAGUGCACAUCGUAAUAAAACAUGUCCAGCAUGUAAAAGGAAUUUCAAAACUAAGAAGUGUGUAUGUGAACAUAUGAAGUUGGUAGAAGAUUCAUCUAGUAAUAAAAUAAACUUGGCAAUGAGUAGAGCAAUUGAAGCAAUGUUAGAUCAAAACAGCAAUAGGGAGAUAUCACUUGGAGAUCCUUUAUUGAAUAGCACUGGUUGUAUAGACCAACUAGAUAAUUCUGAUUUAAUAAUACCAACUUUGAGUCAGAUGAAUGAAGAAGAUUCGCAAAUUUUAAAUUUGAACUCUGAAAACUUAUUGAUAUCAGAGGAUUUUGAUGAAUUAGAUUAUUUUGAUUUUGAAAUUGAAGAAGUGAAAGGAGGAAUCGACUGUGAUAUUUGUUUCAAGAACUUCUCCAAAUUACCCUAUCUCAUUCAACAUUUGAGAUCUCAUAGAGGGGAUUACUAUUGCUCGAGCUGCAACAAGGUUUUCAGCAGAAAAGAAAAUUUAACAUACCAUUCUUGCAACAGAACUUUCAUUCUUGAAUGUUCAUCGUGCAAUCUUACUUUUUCCCAGAAAAAAUACUAUAAUAGGCACAUGGAUGCAGUGCAUGAACAGAAAUACAAGUGCAAUGAUUGCAAUAAAAUCUGUAUGAAUAUGCAUGAACUGAAAUAUCACAAAUGCAAGCAGAAAGAAUAUCAGUGUCAAUUCUAUGUAUGUGAAUUCUGCAAAAAGUUAUUCUCGAAUCAGGCAUCGCUGAAAGCACACAUUUCGAAAAAACAUAUAAAUGAGAGAAUCUUUAUGUGUGAGUAUUGUUCGAAGCAGUAUUCCACAAAAUUCGCAUGUGAAAUGCAUCUUAGAACUCAUGACAAACCUCAAUUCAAAUGUGAAACUUGCCACAAAGAAUUUCAUCGCAAAGAUGUUCUCAAGGUGCACAUAGAAUCUGUACAUGAUGACAAGGAAUUUGAAUGUGAUAUAUGUAUGAAAAAAUUCAAAUCCAAGAAAAAUCUCUCAAAACAUAAAAAUAUUCAUACAAAUAUUGAAUACAACUGUCCUUUUUGUGAAUCUUCGUUUAAUAACAAGUAUAGCCUAACAAGACAUCAGAAGGUACAUGAAAAAAAUGAGGAAAUUUCAAAACCUUACAGUUGUUCUAUUUGUAACAUAAAGAUGAAAAUGAAAAGUUCACUUUUGAGGCAUAUCCAGAAAAAACACAAUACGCCAAAAUUAAUCUCACAGAAAGCUCCUGAUUCAGUUCCACAGAAAGCUCCUGAACAGACUAAAACUGUACAAAAAGAAGACGCACUGCAGUUUUUAGGAGACGAUCUGGAUCUCCUGACUGAUUCACAAGACAACAUUGACUUGAUUAAUGAUGUAGAUAUGAAUGAGUUAGAAAGAAAGCAUAUUCAAGUGAUCGAUAAUAUUCUACUAAAAAAAAGUGAAGAAAUGGGACUUGGAGUUAAUACUUACACUUUGAAUUCGAACGAUGUUAAAUCAAUGUCCUCCUCAAAGUUGAACAAGGAUGAAAUAUCUUGUACAGAUAGGAUGGAACAAGAAGAGGUUUUUUUGACAAUCCCGGACUUGAUGGAUAUUGAAAAUGAUAUAAUUUUGGAAACAUCGGCUUUUCUAGGAAAGUUAUGUGGAGUGGAGAAUAGAAAAUGAAACACAUUUCCAAUUAUUAUUCAUCUUCCUUAUUAACAUCUGAUCAGUUCGCUUAUAGAGGACAAACCUGAUGUAAUCCCCGUUUGGAUCGGCUUUCCUUCCAAACUUGACGGGACAAUAACAGUGGGAGAAUUGUUGGAAGAAACUAGAGCAGGAUAACCACAUCCAGGUUCCCGCAUUCACCGACCAAUCUGCGUCCAGGAGUAAUUCCUCGAAUACCUGGAAAUUUAUUGGGAUUGGAAAACAACUCUAAUGUACGUUAGUUACGGGUAGCUUCCACAUCUCAACGGUCUAGCUCUUCACAGUACUGAUCACAAACUCACUUUUGUUUUAUUUAAGAAAAGUUGGUUUUAUUAUAAUAGCAUACAAAAUUAUUUUCUAUAAGCUAAUUAGUUUAUUAGCAAAAGACUUCAAUACACCCAAUUCAGCGAGAUGAGGACUCUUUCAAUGAAAAGAUCUUUUUAUCCUCAUCUGAGGUCAAUAGGUCAGGUCAUCUCAAGUGUCUCAAAUGUUUGAAUGAAAAAAUUUAUGUGUGAUUCUAGCCUGUAAUAGUAAUCACCAUAUCGGUUUUUGGCCCAGACCAACCAUUACCUUAUAUGGAGCAGGGCAUGUAUUUUAUUGCUCUGAGCUCUUAAGUGUCUAGGAUACGAAGCUUAGAAGCAUGUUUCCACGCAGAACGAGAAGGAGACUGUAUAAUAGACGCCCAUUCACACCAGUGGCGGCCGCUCAGAGGAGGCAGAGGAGGCCGGGCCUCCCCAAAUUUUACCGCAUUAUAUUUAAUUCUUAGUUCAAGUCCAACUAUAUUAUGUUAACCUAAAUCAAUAGAAUAUUCAAAUUUCUGGAUACUUUUUACCCCAAUAUUUCAUCAUAUUUAUACAUUCUCCGCAACAGACUCCAAAACUGAGAAGAUUGCGCAUCGCUGCACCGUACUACAGGCAUGCGAUGCGCUAAAGAAUACAGCAGACUCCAGACGCGGGUCGCGGAGGCCCAAUUCCUCUCUAGUCGCGUUUGUCUUGAACGUAGAAUUUCAAAUUUCUUCCGAUACGAAGCUCCGGCCACUCUAAAUUCGAGCUGGAUAUCACGUGACGGAGGCCCUGUCUCCGUUGACCGUAAGCAUAAAUAUUCGUUUAACCCAAACGGCCCGAACAUGAUCCACGGCGAUUAACGAUGGGUCUAUAUCAGCUGUUUCUGUUUAUUAGCGCCAGAAUUAGGGAAAGAUAAAGAUAGGUCAGUACUUUUUAUUCCUUUCGGCGUGUGGUUUGUGGUUUCGUGUUAGGAUUGUUCGGCAAAGUUUGUAGGUAAGGAAGGAUAUUGGCUGGCUAUUCAGAUAUAUUUUAUCGAGAAAAAUGGAAACGGAAACGUCGGAAACUAGAAAUGAAAAUGAUAGUGUCAGUAGGGAACUCAGAGUUACUGAAGAUAUUGUAGAAUUUAUUUUGAUUAAAAAGUUCAGCCAAAUGCCUUACGAUGACAAAAUUUUCAUUACCAAAACUAUAAAAACACCUCAGCCUGCUAUGCAAAAUUUAAUUGUCAAUUCCAGGCAUAAUCGUUCCUUCUGCGUCCAAUGGUACAAUAAAUGCGAGUGGCUGACCGGAAGUACAGUUCGGAAUGAAUUAUUUUGUUGGUUUUGUUUACUUUUCUCCGACGAUUCAGAAAACAAUGUGUGGUCAAAAUUAGGGUAUUCGGAUUUAAAAAAUUUACAGAGGUCUAUUGAAAGACAUGGCAGAUCAAAAUCUCAUUUAGGCGCAUCAAUUAAAUUUAAAUUGUUCGGAAAACUCAAUAUUGUGAAUUCACUUGAUCAGGGUCAUAGGCAAACUAUCAUAGAUCAUAACGAAAAGGUCAAAGAAAACAGGGAUAUUUUGAAAAGAUUACUUGACGCAGUUAUGUUCCUUUGUUUUCAAGAAUUGCCGUUUAGAGGACAUGAUGAAAGUGUAGAUUCGGAUAAUAGGGGAAAUUUUGAAGAGCUAUUGUGUUUCAUUAGCCGCUAUGAUUCAAAAUUAGAAAAGUUUUUGAAUGAUGCCACUGUUUUCUCUGGGACGUCAAAAUCUAUUCAAAACUAUUUGAUCGAAGCGGUUAGUUUUGUAGCGCGGAGUAAAAUUGAGGCGGAAUUGCAAAAUUCAUUGUUUUUUGCCUGGCAAGCAGAUGAAACGGUAGACAUUACAUGUAGCUCGCAGUUGUCCAUAGUUUUUAGAUAUGUAAAUAAGGAGGGGCAAAUAGUUGAAAGAUUUGCAGGAUUUUUUGCAGACGCAGGUCGAACUGCCGAUUCCUUAUUCAAAUUUUUGACAGAAACGUUCAACAAAUUAAAUUUAGAAAAAAAAUUGAUAGCGCAGACGUAUGAUGGAGCUUCAGUUAUGGCAGGUCAUUUAAAUGGACUGCAGGCAAACAUUAAAAAUAUCGCCCCUCAGGCACUUUUCACGCAUUGCUAUGCUCACGCACUAAAUUUAGUGUUAAGUAAAGCUUGCUCGGGUAGUAUCAAAGAAUGUAAAAUUUUUUUUGCAAAUUUGUCUGGUUUUUCUUUAUUUUUUUCCAAAUCUUCUAAAAGAACAGAGGUUCUCAAUGCAGUAGGGUCCAAUCGAUUACCAUCAAAUGUGCCGCAUUUGAAGGUGGAAUUUUACAUCUAGGAUUGUUUUCACAGUAUUUUCAAACAGGGACAAGUUAAUAGAAGUUUUUGACCAUUUUAUAAACCACGAAGAUUUCAAACAUGAUCAGCAGACAAUCAGAGAAGCGAUUGGGUUGAAGAAAUAUCUUAAUGAUCCAGAAUUCAUUUUUCUUUUACAUACAUUCAAAUUCAUUUUCGAACACACUGACGUAGUAUUUUCAAUUUUACAGAAUAAAAUGACGGAUAUUUCAUAUGCCAAAAAACGCUUGAUCACAUUAAUGAACACAUUGCAAGAUUUUAGAAAUAAUGAAAUUAAUCUCAUGCCGAUGAGCCGCAGUCAAAAAGAAGAGAAACUACCUUUAAUCUCCCAAAUGUAAUACAAAAUUAUCGCCAAAUAUUUAAUGAAAUUUUAGAUACAAUUAACAAUCAAAUUCGAAUCAGGUUUUCAGAUUUAGAUAAAUUAGAGUUUUUCGAUUUAGUUAGGAAAGACAAAUUCAAUUCAUAUUGUAAGGAAUUUCCGGAAACAUUAUUUGGCUCUCUAGUAAAUCAUUAUUCUUUCUUUGACCCAAUAGCACUACGUAAUGAAUUAAUAACUGUUUAUGAUGAUGGUGAAUUAUUCAAAAAUUGUGAAACAUCUGCGGAAAUGAUUGCAUUUAUCUUCAACAAGUAAUACACUAGUGGUAUACCUAUUUUUUUUGCUUGGCCUCCUCUGAAUGAAAGCUCACGAGCCGCCACUGAUUCACACCCCUCUGUGACCACUCGUUACUCCACCUUGAUAUUUUGAAAUGUGGGAGCUAGACCUGUAUGUGUACCCUGUUCUGUCCCUGUAUGUGUACACAUAUUGCUGCAGCGUACUCAAAAUGGUUUCUAAAGUAAACUUGGAACUAAAUUUUCAGUAUAAAUUAAACUGAUGAUGAAAUUAAACAAAAUGAAAUAAAUUUUUCGUUAAGAAUGCA